AGAAGGGGGAAGUAAUGAAAGCAUUACUCAUGUUCAUGUUAGAAGUGACAGUGUUAAUAAUGCAGGUUUUUAAAUCCAGGCUGAUUCGUCGGGUUCCUUUGACAUUUAGUUAAUGAAGCAGCUCACAGCGGGAGCAGCAAACAGCUGAUCACUGAAGCCAUGUUUAGAGUCUAGUUUCACUGCACUGGUAGUUUCAUGAGAGGGAUGAAGAAUAAGAGGUAGAACUUAUCUAAAAUGAGCCCUUUCCUCCCUCAGUGUCCGACAGGUCGAAGUGCAUGAAGACAUUUAGGGCUGAUGAUGGAGUCCUGGCCGACGGUGGCCUGGAUCCUGCUGCUGACCUCCAUCGCUAACCGGCUGAAAACUGUCCAGUCACGAGAUUUCACCAUGAAGGACAUCGUUCUGCUGCAUCCCUCAACUACUCCUCAUCCCGGAGGCUUCAAGUGCUUCACAUGUCGGGACGCUGCAGAUAACUACGAGUGCAACCGCUGGGCUCCAGAUGUUUACUGUCCAAAAGAGACCAGAUACUGCUACACUCUCCACGUGAUGGAUCACCAUGGCGACAGCGUGUCGGUGACGAAGCACUGCGCUGCCUUAGAGGACUGUCUGUUCACCGGCUGCGCUGACGUCACCGAAAACGGCCGCCAGGUGUGCUCGUCCUGCUGCGAGGGGAACAUCUGCAACGUGCUCGUACCCAGAAACGAAAGCAGCGCCGUCUUCUCCUCCACGUCUCCUCUGGUGAGCUCCGGACGGACGCUUCGACCCGCAGCGCUGCUCGUCGGCAUCGUCAGCGUCAUCAGCAUCCUCACAGCGGGACACGUCUGACAGGAAACUCUGCAUCUGUUGUCAAAAACAAGCAGAAGAUACAUGACGAUACAUGAUUCUUAACCCUCGUGUCGUCCUGCAGGUCAAAAUUGACCCAUUUUGAAGUUUGAAAAUGUGGAGAAAAAAUAUGUUUUCACAGUGAAACUUCUGAUGUCCACAUUUUCAACAUUUUUGGGAAAUCUUUGAACAUUUUUUGGUGGAAAAAAGAAAUGUUAAAAAUGUUUCUUAAGAACAUUCACAAAAAAAAAAUCAACCAAAUUCCACCGAAAUUUGUUGGAUUUUGGUUGAUUUUUCUGUGAAUGUUCUGAAAGAAAAUAUUCAAAGUUUUACUGAUAUAUAUGGAAUCACUUCAGAUAUUUUUAGGAUUUUUUUUGAAAGAUUUUUACUCAUUUUUUGAAAAUAUUUUCAAGAAUUUUCUUGCCAAAUUUGGGGGAUUUUUUAAAAUAAAAAUUUUAAGGGAAACUUAAGGAAUUAUUGGAAUUUUCUUACUGAAGGUUUAGCAAAUUUUCAGCAAUUUGGGGAAUUUUUUUUGCUAAAUUUUUUGAUUUUUUUCAGACAAGGAAACAACAUUUUUUGGUGCCCGUAAAUGAGGACAACACGAGGGUUAAGUGAUUAUUCUAAAAUGCGUAGGUGUGAAUGUGAGUGAUCGUUCGUCUCUAUGUGUCGUCCUGUGAUAGACUGGUGACUUGUCCAUGCUUCAUCCUAAAUCAGCUGGGAUAGACUCCAGCCCCCCAUGCGACCCUAAUGAAGAUUAAGAGGUGUGCAGAUAACGGAUGGAAGUGUAAGCCUGUGUAUAAAGUGUAAUUUAUAUUCAUUUUGAUUCCUCACAAGAAUUCAAUUUUGUGAAGAUAUCUGGGAGCAAUAUAAAUACCCAUCUCACAAGUUUAUGCAUAACACACUGCCCGGCCAAAAAAAAGUUGCACACUAGUAUUUCGUUGUACCGCCGGCACUCAUUCCUUUCAUCUUCUCCUCCAUUACAUUACAUUUCAGAUCAUCAGGGUUCUUCUGCUCGACCACUUCUGAUUCCAUUAAAACCUUUUUUAAUAUAAACUAUGAAUAUUUUCGACAGCAUCUGUAACAUUUUUGAUGACUACACUACCAGUCAAAUGUUUGGACACACCUUCUCAUUCAAUGGUUUUUAUUUUAUUAUUUUCUACAUUGUAGAUUAAUACUGAAGACAUCAAUACUAUAAAAUAAUACAUAUGGAAUUAUGUUGUAAAUAAAAAAGCGUUAAUCUUCAAUAUUAACUAAAAUAACACAAAUAAGUAAAAAGCAUUAAAUGAGAAAGUGUGUCCAAGCUUUUGACUGGUGGCGUAUAUAAAACACUUUCCAAAAUAUUUUUUUAAAUUGCCCGUCCACCACUUUUCGCUUGUUUUUGCUCACAUUGAAAUUUUAAGCUAUGUUUGAACAACAGUAUCUCAGAAACUGUUAGAGAUAAAUGCCAGAAAUUUUCAUGAUUAUUUCUCAUCAUGUCAUUAAUUCAAAAUGUGCAAGUAGAUCAAAGUCUUCUACUGGAAAUAUGAAAAAAAAAUAUCUGCAAAAUUAGGAUAAAUCCCAUCUUUAAGCACACAUUAUCAAAUAACCUGAUAAUGCAGAAGUCAGCUAGUGAUACUUUCCGAACCACAUUUAGCUGCAUGUCCUAAAAAUACCAAACAAAACAUACAGAAUAUUUCUUAAUUGAAAUCACUUGGUCUCAAAAAUGAAAGAAAAGUAAUUUUUGUUGAACAUUCAAAGCUGAUUGAGCAGGUAUGACAAGACCCAUAGAUUAUUUCCAAUACUGCAGAUUCUAAAUUUCUUCCGCUAUUAGGAAUAAUAGUCAUUUUAUCUUUAAUAGUUCCUGCGCAAAAAAAUGUGCCGAUAGUAGGUCAACGAGCCUUUUUUGAAAAUAUUUGCUCUGGAAGUAUUUAAUAUAUCAAUUUAACAUUUCACAAUAUCUUUAUAAAUAUUUUACGCUUUAAAAAUGACAGGAAAAUCAGAGAUUGACAAGCAGAAGUUGCUCUAAAAUGAGUCCUGCCUCCUGUCAGACAGUUUUAUAACGUUCUUUGUUAAUUUAUUUAUGCUUCAUGUUUUAAUUGGCACAGUAUCGGUGCAUCUAUGUUCCUGUUUAAUCACUCUCGUGUGCAUUUCUGGAGAUUUUGCCAAUAUUAAAUUGAUAAUAUAUGUAAUAAAUAUACAGUGUCUAAGUCAUUUUUUGAUGUUAUAGGACGUAGAAAACCAGCAUUAUGUCAGUAGCUGUAAGUCUGAAGUAAGCAAACAUGGUUUUCACAUCCGAAUAUUCCAGUUUGAGGUAGAAUCAACUAAUCUGCAGUAAAUCCAACCAGCCACUAGAUGGUGCAAAACAACCGUCACUGUUUCAGCUCACUGAGAACUGGGAGGUGCAGUUUUGGCCUCACAAAAGACGAUAAUGUGUCCAAACUCCAGACUUAAAAAGUCUCUAAAUAUUAUUGGGUUAAAGCGGAAAGCCAUUUAAUUGCACAGUGCUGUGAUAUUUUAAAUAAAAGGUUCUGUGAGCAACCUUUCAGAUCCACGAGAGCGCCACACCUUAGAUCUAAACAGACGCUUUCAUUUCCAACUAACCCGAACCCUCAUGUCUGUUUCUAUGAUCAUCAGACCGGUGCAGAACAGACAUAAGAAGCAGAGAAAACAUGUAAAAUGCCAGCAGAGACUUUCAAAACAAGUGCACAUAAAUUAAGUAAUAACUUUACAAACUAAAAAUGCCACUUUUUAAGUCUUUUUUGAAGGCAAUAGCUAUAUGCUAACCUCCACUUCCACUUUUCUAGUGCAGUGUAGGAGGUUUAACACUAAGUGUGGAGGUCAACAGUUUCAAAGGGAGGAUCUCACAUGCACUAAUACACAUUCCCAUAUAAUAAAUGAUUAAUUGCAUUUUUUUAAUUCCAAUCUAAUGUCACAUGUUGCAGCUCCACAGCUAGUUUAGUUGAUUUUGUCUUUCACACAGUAUCUUAGACAAAAUUUUGAUCAGUUCUCGUACAGGAUGCAAACUUU